AUGGAUAUCCUCAAGGUCCUUUCGAGAGGCACCAAAAAGACCGGCAAGGGGGGUCAGGCCGCUAACAGUGGCGCCACGAAACUUCCCUCGGCCGGAACCACCACGAACCCUCAACUCUUCCACGAUGAAGUCCGCGGCCAGAAGAGAAAGCGGACCCGCGACGAACCGCAGGUUCAGGCUCCUGUCGAAUUACCCGAAGUCGAUUUCUUUGCCCCCAAGCCUGAGAGCGUUCCCAACACGCUCCCCGACUCGGAGAAGAUCGAGCGAGCCCAGAGCCCUCCCCGACUUGCCCACAAACUACUGAGCGAGGACGAGUGUCGCCAGCUCUUGCGGUCGCAUCGCCUCAAGAUCACCCUCCUGUCCAAAACCGAGGACCAAUCGAGAGUGAAGAAGGCGAAGAAAAAGAAGAAGCAGGCCGCGGUGGAAGUGAAGAAGGAGGUCAAGAAGCAGUUGUUCCCCCAGCCGCUGAAUUCGUUUGGUGAGCUUCGCAGCUCCUAUGGCAUCUCGCGCCAGGUAGCGGAGAACCUCGUCGCUCAGAGUUACCGCGUGCCAACGGAGGUGCAAAUGGGUAGCUUACCGCUCCUUCUGCGCCCCGACAUCGCAUUAAAGGACGAGGAUGGUUUGGAUGGAGGAGUCGACUUCCUCGCUGUUGCGCCGACGGGAAGUGGAAAGACCAUUAGCUUUCUCAUCCCCGCUAUCAACAACAUUAUGCGCAGGCGUGCGGGUGAGAACUUGGAUGACAUUCAUGAGCUUGAGACCAUUGUUGUGGCGCCUACCCGAGAGCUGGUGCAUCAGAUUGCCAACGAGGGCAAGAAGAUUGCCGAAGGGACGGGACUCAAGAUCGUCGCUAUGAAAAAGGGCAUGUCUAUUUCAGCUGAACAGCAGGAACUGGCGGCCGAGGAGAGCUCCGAGGACGAAAACGACGAUGAUUCUGAGUCUGAAGACGAGAAACCAGCCGAUAAGAAGCCCAAGUCUGUCAUCAAGGCUGAUAUUCUUAUCACAACGCCUUUGCUGUUGCUCAACUUCCUCACUGCUGGGCCCACAGGCACCCAAAAAGUCCUGCCGACUGUCCGCGAUCUGAUUCUUGACGAGGCGGACGUUUUGCUCGACCCUCUCUUCCGCGAACAGAUGUUGGGUGUCUGGACCGGAUGCACCAACCCUGACUUGCGGCUUUCCUUCUGGUCAGCGACUAUGGGAUCCAACAUCGAGACGAUAGUCACAGAGCAGUUGGCGUCGCGAGCUCAGUCGUUGGACAUUACACCGAAGCCGUUGAUCCGGCUGGUCGUCGGUUUGAAGGAUACUGCGGUACCAAAUAUCACCCACAAGCUCGUUUACACGGGAUCAGAGCAGGGAAAGCUGCUUGGACUGCGGCAGUUGUUGCACCCCACGGGAAGUGAUGACUCUGGUCCACCUCUCAGACCUCCUUUCCUUGUCUUUACACAAACCAUUGACCGAGCAACGGCUCUCAAUGAGGAGCUCAAAUAUGAUAUCCCCUUGGAGGCUGGCGGAUCUACGAGGAUCGCCGCGCUCCACAGUGGCCUGGCCGAUUCAGCCCGCGCGAUGAUCAUGCGCAAGUUCCGUGCUGGAGAAAUCUGGGUGUUGAUCACCACGGACGUGUUGGCUCGUGGCGUGGACUUUGCCGGUGUCAACGGUGUGGUGAAUUACGAUGUGCCUGGCUCUAGUGCCGCAUACGUACACCGCGCUGGACGAACUGGUCGUGCUGGCCGGGAGGGUGGCAUUGCGGUGACAUUCUACACGAAGGAGGACAUCCCAUUUGUCAAGACGGUCGCCAACGUCAUCGCCGCCAGCGAGAAGCAGGCUGGCAAGACAGGCGAGAACACAAGCGUGAAGAAGUGGCUUUUGGACGCCUUGCCCAACGUUACCAAGGCAGACAGGAAGACGCUCAGGGAGCGCGGUGUGGAAGCUCGCCGCAGCGGCAACAAGGCUAAGAUUACAUCCAAGAGUGGCUACGAGAGACGCAAGGAGAACAACCGACAGGGUGCCAUCGAAAGUAGCAAGAAGCGGAAGACGCAGCAAACCGAGGACAGCGGAGACGACUCGGAGUGGGCUGGAUUGGAUUGA